UUGAAUUUUUAUAUGUUGUUACUGAUGACAAAAUAGAGGUCAAGUUGAAUAAUGACGAUUUUGACUUUUACCGUUCAGGAGUAAUGGUUCUUGAAAUAUCGUAAAAUGGUGUUUCCAUUCACGUUGUUGCAUUUACUCAUGAACCAUUCAAUCUAAGCUUUACAAAUUUUAAUAUGUUGAUACGGACUACAAAAUGGAGGUCAAAUUUGAUAUUGACAAUUUUCACUUACAGCAUUCAUCAGUUAUGGUUCUUGUGAUAUUGCCAGGACACAAAUAAAUGUUAAUAAAUCCGGUUUGCUGUCGUUGUGACAGCCUCUUGCUUAAAGUUGGCCUUGUGCUUUAGGGAACUCUAGAUAAACAAACUUAUGGUAAAUCUUAGUGAUUUUUUUAUUAAAGAAUCCUAUAAAUAUUUACAUUCUGCAUGUAAAACGUCACAAUAGGUAGAUUUUGUAUGAAAUAAAUAUCAACAAAUUUAGAUUAAGCUAUCUUUGGCUGUGGGUAACUUCUAACUUCAGUUACCCACAUCUGUUUAAGCACAGUGGUAUUAGGUCUUUGAUAUUCUCUUUCCAUUUUAAAAUACAAUAAUUAUUGUUAUCCAGUAUGGAAAAGUUUGCACUGGUUUUGUUUGAUCUUGACAGUUACACCUCAGUCAUUGAAAGACGACAUCUCAUCACAGACAUAGAGCCUACUGUCUCAACAACUUUGAAUGUGAGAUAUGGAAGAAAAAAACUAUUUGGUGAAAUAUUGUGUCUUAAUGAUGACAAAUAUGCCAUUGAUGUGUUUCAAGAAAAGUGGGAGAAGACCGAAAGAGCCAAAUUUCUUUACAAAGAAAUUCAGAAAAGAGAAAGACUUGGUACUUCACAUACUGGUGGGUUCUUGGCCUUGUGGCCUGGAGAUGAGAUUGCGAUAUGUUACAGUAAUGGUGUUGAUAGCAAUGUCCAGAGAGUAGAGCAUCAUGUUCCAGAAGAGGUUGUAGAAGGUACAGAAGCAAUGGAAGUCAUUGAAGAAGCGUCUCAAAAUGAGGGGCUAAAUGGUCGUAAGAUCACAGUUCUGUAUGAGGGUGCUGGUGAUCCAAAUGGUAUACCUGAUCCUCAACGGACUCCUGUUUUCGUUAGAAACCUCACCACUGACCAACAGGACAUAUUGAAUCAGAGAUUAAAUGACAACAGAACAGGGAAAUCAACUUAA